AUGACGGCCGUAGCAAUGCAGCAGCCGGCCAUGGGCCCACGCCCAGUCGUCUCCAUAGCACCAGCUCGCCCUCGUACAGUACACAAGUCGCCCUCGACCAAGGAGAACCUGACCAAACCAACCUCAACCAACGGCCCCGUCUCCAACAUCCGCUCGCGGAGAGAACGCCCGUGUGACGCUUGCAGACGGAGAAAGAGUCGCUGUGUGAUACACGAGGGCGCCGCCCUGUGUGUCCUGUGCGAGUUCCACAAGCAGGACUGUACCUUUGUGCAAAGUCCUCUGCCCCGCAAGAGAAAAGUCGUCGACGGCGAGAAAAAGGAUUCGCCCAGCAACACAAAGAAGAGAUCCGUCGACUCGGAACCUCCUCCAUUGGCACUGUCGACCCCCACCAUCACAGCAACAGCGCCAAGCCCACCAUCACAAUCACAACCACCACAACCACCACCAACACAGCUGUCCCACGUGCAAAGUCUGCACCUACCUCAGCUUGGAGAGACGCUGGGCCUGCAACGGCGCCAGCACAGCAGAUACAUUGGUCUGAGCUCCCCUUUCGACUCCCUACUCAUUGGCCUCUCUCAAUUCGAUACCCGUAACGAAUCUACUUUUGAUCUCGGCACCCUUCGACGAGUAAACGAUCAUGAAUGCUUCAUCAUGCUGCCUGACGAGAACACGCAAGAUUUUGCCGGCGAGUCCGAGGCACUGACUCAGGUCGAGCAGCUUGUGCACCCACAUGGCCCUGCCCUGCUAGACUUGUACUUUCAAGUAGUACAUCCAAACUACCCCAUUAUCCAAAAGCACCUUUUCGUCGAGCGCUAUCGUAGUGGCGACCGGGGCUUCUCACCAGCCCUUCUAGCUGGAAUGUACAUUCUGGCCCUAAAUUGGUGGUCCUUCAACCCCAAGCUCGCAAGCUAUUCCAAACCCGAUGCAGCUCGAUUGGAAGCAGUUGCAAUGAAGGCAUUGACAUUGUCAAUGGAGCGUCCUAAACUGUCAACUGUGCAGGCAGGUUUGUUGUUGCUCCAGCGUCCAGAAGCAGAUUCAUGGAGUCUGACUACGCAACUGGUCGCCGUUGGCCAAGAACUAGGCCUCCAUCUUGACUGCUCCUCAUGGUCGGUUCCUCUCUGGGAGCGUGGAUUGAGGAAGCGCAUCGCAUGUGCGUUGUACAUGCAGGACAAAUGGAGCUCGUUGAUCCACGGUCGCCCCUCACAUAUCUUCAAUGCUAACUGGGCAGUCAAGCCCAUUACUGAAGAAGAUUUUAUUGAAGAAGGAGACGGAUAUGAGACACGGCAAGAAGAGACCGAAGACGAAAAAACAGACAGCCAGCGAGGACGGAUACUGUUUGCCCAGAUGAUCGGACUUACCCAAAUCAUGGCAGAAGUCAUGGAUACAUUUUACACCCAAACUGCCAUCCAAGAUUUUGCAAAUGCAGGAAAGAAGUCCACUGAACUCAUUCUGGCCCGCGCCAAGCCUGUGCAAAUAAAGCUCCGCCAGUGGCACGAGAAGUUGCCUGCUGAAGUUAAGAUGAACACGCCGGAGAAGGGCAAGCUCACGUCGACUGGCUAUCUGCACCUCGCAUACUUUGCGACAGAAAUCACUCUGCAUCGACGCAUUGUGCAGUCUCUUGACUCGACCAACCCAGACUCUUACGGUCUUUUCAUGUGCCGCAGUGCUGCGAAGACGCGAUUGAUCUCUGCCAUGGACUUUGUCAACCGCCUCAAGCCAGAACAUCUGCAGGCCUUCUGGUAUUUUGCUUCCAAGGUCAACUUUACACUCAUCGGAACGUUUGGGUCGUUAUUGUGGGCUACGGCGCCCGCCAAAGAAGAGGCCGAGUUCUACAAGCUGAGGUUGUGCGAAUAUCGCUGGACCCUGUCUGUCUCUUCCAAGCGCGCCGACUUUCUCGAUUACGCAGUCUCCAUGCUGGACGCUAGCCGUGCGAUGUUAAGCAACCUAGCGGAAAAACCAAGUCUGGCUGAGCAGAUUAGCAAUGCUGGAGUGCCCCCUGCAGCACCUCCACGACAAUACUCAUCCUUCUCGAACAUGGGGCCGCCACAGAGUUCCAAUGGGUCGGGAAGGUAUGAGCAGGAAGACAUUGAUAUGGCCGACGGUGAUGACCUCCAAAGAACGUCAUCUGGCGAAAGCUUUGACGGGUUCCACGAUGGCUCGCAAUAUGGUAGUCGUCCGCAUACGGCUGGCAACUCGCCUCGCUCUCAAUGA